AUGUGUGAUAGACAAAUUUGGUCUAUUAUUAAAAGUUGUUGGUACAAUGAACCACAAUUACGAGAUAAUUUUAAAGUUAUAAAAACACAACUUUCUAGUAUUAAUCUUGAAUCACAUUUUCAAUAUGAACUAGAUGUUGAUGUCAAAAUAAGCAAUCAACUACAUGAUGACCAUGGACAAAUAUUUUAUAAUGCAGAAUGGAUAAAAACGAAUAAACCACCGAUUAUAUUAAUUGUAAUAAAUACAGAAACAGCAGAACGUGAAGCUUCAUUUUAUAUUGAAUUUAGUUCUCAUGAACAUAUUGUCCAGACAUUUGGUUUAGUAAAAAAUGAUCCUCGAUCGACAAUGUUAAUACAAGAACGUGCUCCACAUGGUAAUCUACUAAAAUUAUUACAAAGUCAACAAUUUAAACCAUCAGUAACGAUACUUGUAACAAUUUUCUCACAAAUUGUUGAUGCUAUAAUUUAUAUUAUUGAACAAGAUAUUAUACAUGGUGAUUUACGUUGUGCUAAUGUUUUAGUCUUUCAGAUGAAUCCAUUUGAACAAUGUGGUCAAACAAAUUAUUCGGAAUUAUCUGAUGUUUAUUCGAUGGGUAUUUUGAUGUGGGAAGCUUGUUCACAGGGAGAAGUUCCGUAUGGAACUGAUACAAGUGAUAAUGAUAUUCGACAACGAAAGUUGAAAGGUGAAAAAUUAUCAAUACCAAAAAAAUGUGAUAGACAAAUAUGGAAUAUUAAUAAAUUGUCAAUAGAAAUUUAUGAGUAUCAAUUGAAUAUUAAUGUCAGAAAGAAGAAUCCACUUAAUGGUCAUUAUGGUAAAUUUUAUGAGGCAGAUUGGAUACCAAAACGAGAACUACCAAUUAUUUUAAUGAUCUUGAAUAAAGAAACAGCACAACAUGAUGCUUCAUUCUAUUUGACGCUCAAUUCUCAUCCUCAUAUUAUACAUACUUUUGGUUUCGUUGGAAAUAAUGAUCGAUUACCUAUGGUACUGCAAGAAUGUGCUACAUAUGGUAAUCUUCAGAUAUUGUUACAAAGUAAACGUUUUCAACCAUCAACUAAAGUUCUCAUUACAAUUCUUUUACAGAUUCUGAAUGCUAUGAUUUACAUAAGUAGUAAAGAUAUUGUACUAAUACGAUAUUGUGCUUCUGAAAUUCUCAAAAGUACAGAUAAGUCAAAUUAUUCUGAAGCAUCCGAUGUUUAUUCAUUUGGUGUUUUAAUGUGGGAAACUUGCUCACAAGGAAAAGUACCUUAUGAAUUUGAUACAAGUGAUAAUGAUAUUCGACAAAGAAGACUAAAUGAUGAGCAAUUGCUACGACCAAACUCUUCUCAUGAUCAAAUAUGGCCUAUAAUCGAAUCUUGCUUGUAUAGGACACCGGAAAUGCGAGACACUCUACAACAAAUUCAAGAGAGCUUGAGAGAAAAAGUUACAAAAGCGUCAUAUAUCUUUGAAAAGUAG